AUGGUAGGCAUAUACCCAUUCAUCAGACUUUAUCUAGCACUACUAUUACCACGCACUUUGAAAAUGAAGGCUCACAUUGUUUCUACCAUUGAUGCACUUGGCGUUCAAUUGCCCAUUCCAGGCACCUGCACCAAGAGUAACAACAAGCUCAAAGUCGCCACUGAAAGCCACUGUAUCUAG